AUGUCGAUCCGAAUGUCUCAAUACAACCUUGGCGGUGUUGCGUUCUCAGGAGGACACACUGCCACCUCCACAUCAUCAGAAGCAGGACCUGCUGCCCCUGCAGAAGAACCACAUAACAGCAGCACACCCAAGGUGUCAGGAGUAGUCAGAAAUCUGUCGCCCACCACCCUGCCAGAAUUCACCACACCUGCAACCUGGGAAUGGCAGGGGAUCUCUUAUAAUACAAUCGAGGAAGCCGCCAAUGCUGCCACGCCCAACACCAUUCCAAACGACAUCAAGGAAUGGGUAAUGAAUGUGGUGCAAGUGUUCAUUAUGAGGGACAUCAUAAGUUCCUAUGAAGCACUGCAUCAAAAGAUGGAUGAACAUCACGAGCGCACGGUGGCCUCAUUGGAAGAAGAGAUACUGGCUCGUAUUCAUGUCAAAAUCAUGGCAAUAGAAAUACGAGACCAGUUAAAAGUUGCAAGAGCCCAGAUCGGCACCCUCUCCACCACUAACGAACGGCUCAUCAAGUCGAACAACAGUCUGACGGCUGAAGCCCAAGCAAUCUGCAAGGACUUUGAGGAUUAUAAGGAUGAAGUAAAGGGCCAGAUGGACACCCUUUAUGGCAACAUGGUCACCCUGAAGGAGGCUCAGGAGAAGACUACGACCUAUAUCAUUGGCUUAGAAAAGUCGUCAGAAAACUUCGAGACCUGGUUCACGAACCUUCUCAUAUGGCUCGAUUACAAUCACUUCACAGAUGACAAGGACAAAAUUCAGCAGGCCAACGCACAUCUGAAAGGAGGAGCAGCUCUGUAUAUGAAAGAGUAUGCAAUCAAGCUCGCCUCUGGACAGGACAUUGGCACAUGGGCAGAAUAUACCAGGAAACUGGAAAUGGCAUAUAAGAUGCUUGACCCCAAGCACACAGCACAAGCAAUGCUGAAUGCGCACUGCGCCACUCGCCACAAGACGAUGAUUGCCUUUGCAGAGAAUUUCAGGGCUUACGCCCUCAAAUCAGGAUACUCUGAUGAGAAUUUGAUCGUCAAGAUCAGGGAACAACGGUCGACCCAUAUCCAAACGGUCAUGUCAGUAACAGAGACUCUAGAUCCCUCGAAGAUUCCAACCACUUGGAUGGACUAUCUCGGCUUCUGCCUGGAGAUCGAAAUCAAACAUCUUCAGCAAGUUUCAGGCAACAAGUCUACUGGACAGACCACAGCAACAAAGGCGGCCACCCCCAAGGACCCUAAUGCAAUGGAUACCAGUGCACGAAUCACACAUGAACUUUUCCCGGAACAGGACAGGUGGCUGGCAAACAAAGUAUGUUUGUUUUGCGGAAAGCAUGCCUAUGAACGAGGAAAGCGGUGCCCCUCUCCCAAGCCAGAAUACAAGGGCAAGCGGUUUCAAACACAAUCUGCCCCGAAACAAGAAAAGGGAAAGGAAAAAGCGACAAAGGUGCGACAGGUGGAAGAAGAAAGUAGCGUGGAAUCAUCAGUGCAAAUUGCAGCAUUGGAACAAGCAAUUGCUGCACUUUGCAGGAUGAGCACCACCUCAACUACUCCACCAUCCAGUAAAGGCAAGGGCAAGGCGAAGAGCACAAACAUGGCAUCAACGGCAUUAGCAUCUAUGGUCAAGAACAUCAAUGCGAGAAUCACCGAGUUGGAUGAAUUCUCAGAGGAUUUUCUGUACGAAGUGUAG